AUGAUAAUUUUUUAUAUAUUUGGAUUUCUGUAUUGUAUAAAUGGGGCACUUGAUUAUCCAACAGCAUGUGAUUGCAACGAGCACAUAGAUUAAGAUGCUUGUGAAGGUCACAAUUGCCAUUGGGCAAAGUCAGAAUGCAGAGUGGCUGAAUGUGAUGAAAGGUCAUUAUAGAAUUGCAUAAGCGCAUCUUAAUUCUUGAGUUAAAGUCCUCAUUAUUGUUUCAUAAAGAAUGGGAAAUGUGAGAAAUUGACAAAAUGUGAAGAUAUUCAAAUAAGUUAAAGUAAUGUUGGACAGGCUAGAGAAUAAUGCUAAUUAUAUUAAUGUGCUUAUGAUCUUGUAAGUGGGUAUUGUUUCAAACCAGAGAAAUGUGAUGAUAUUUAUGAUUAAUUUACAUGUGAUAGUUUCUUGAUUGCUAAGAGUAAUCCAUUGGAAAUAGAUUCUAUUUGUUAUUGGGAUAAGAAGUGCAAGGCUCGAAGUUCAUUUAUUAAUAACUGCAAAUCCAUUUAUGACAAAGAUGUUUGUUAACAAGGAGGAUGCUAAUUUGAAAAGGAUUAGUGUAAGGAGAUUGAUUGCCUUAGUAGGAGUAUCAAAGAGUGUAAUGGAGAGUAUGUGGAUCAUUAGGGGAAGGUUUUUGUAUGUUAUGAGAACAGUGAUAAAUGUGAGAAAAUUGAGACUGAGAAGUUGCACAAAGAAGUAUGCAAUUCUAUGAUUGGACAUACUUACAAGGAGAAACAAUGUAAAAAAUGCAGUUCAUAUGCUGAUCAUUGGAAAUGA